UAAUUUCUAGCAGUGUUUGAAAACUAGGAUAUUUUUAGUUGAAACUUUCAAAACAGAAUAAAAUCAGGAUGAAUUUUCUUCGAUCUCUGUACAUCCUGCUCAUCGCCCUCCCUAUCUUUAUUUUCCUUUUUGUUCGAUACCAGCCGUUACGAUAUCUACUAGCAAAAUCCGUGGACAGGGAAGCCACAGAAAUAAAAAAAGAAAAAGAUAGUAUGCUUCAAGAAAUGACAAAAGAAAAAGAAAAUAUGCUUCAAGAAUUGAAAAAAGAAAAAGAAAAUAUGCUUCAAGAAUUGACAAAAGAAAAGAAGGACCAAAACGAAGACAUGACAAAAAAAAUAACAAUAACGAAACCAAAAGAACCAACUGUUCCUCAAAACAUUGGAGUAAAAGAUUUGUGUACAUUGCUUGAUAAAGGUAUUCAAGUUGACUCUUGGUGGAAAUAUGUUUGCUUGAUUGAAAGGAAUAUCGAUAAGCCUCUAGGUUAUAAUUGUAAGAAUGCUAAGAACAUGGGAAAUUGGAAAGUUUGUUUUGAUGAAAAAUACAGCCCUAUUCGUCCAGAUAAACCCUGUUUAGUUUAUUCGUUUGGGAUAGCUUGGGAUUUUACAUUUGAUAUCGCAAUGGCGAAACAAGGUUGUGAGGUGUAUUCAUUCGAUCCAAGCAUGGGGCUCAAAGACUACACACAUAGUAAGAAUGUUUACUUUAAAAACCUUGGGUUGAGUGAUGUCGAUGAUGACAAUUUCACACCAAGAUUUGAUAUUUAUGUCAAGAAGCCUCAGGUCUGGAAAACUCGAACAUUGAGGUUAGAGGUCGGUUAUGAAAAUGUUACAGCACGAAAAUGUAAGUUGAUCCCCAGGUUAGAGGUCGGUUAUGAAAAUGUUACACCACGGAAAUGUAAGUUGAUCCCCAGGUUAGAGGUCGGUUAUGAAAAUGUUACAGCACGAAAAUGUAAGUUUAUCCCCAGGUUAGAGGUCGGUUAUGAAAAUGUUACACCACGGAAAUGUAAGUUGAUCCCCAGGUUAGAGGUCGGUUAUGAAAAUGUUACACCACGGAAAUGUAAGUUGAUCCCCAGGUUAGAGGUCGGUUAUGAAAAUGUUACACCACGGAAAUGUAAGUUGAUCCCCAGGUUACAGGUCGGUUAUGAAAAUGUUACAGCACGAAAAUGUAAGUUGAUCCCCAGGUUACAGAGAGUGAUCGACGUAUUGAAAUUUGAUAUUGAGCUAGCUGAAUGGAAGGUUAUGAUAAAUAUUAUCAAAGAUGGAAUGCUUCCUCAAAUACGACAGCUACUUACAGAAUGGCACAUCUUUCCAGGGGCACCAAAAAGAGAUGAACUCAAAACCUUUUAUGAAAUGCAUCGUGAUUUGCCAUCACACGGGCUGGAGACGUUUUUUAAAACGGGUCAUGCUCGUCAACAUUCUGAUUUACUAAAAUUUAAUUCUCAAGCCGAGUCUUGUUAUAUCAAUGUCAAGUUUACGGACUCAAAAUAA